CGCGAUUGCCCCGCUGUCGCUGUUAUAACAUUUCAAUGAGUCUCAAUGGGGUUUGAACAGUCACACUUAUCUUGACGACUUCAAACACCUCUGGACUUGAUAUAGAGUCAGCUACCGCUACAAUUGUCCGGUCGUACAUCGUGUUAUAUCAGUCACCAUUCACCUUUCCAAAGCAACAUCUGGUCCUUAUACCUUCUAUCUUCUUUAUAUAUUUACCAUCAUAUCUAGGGUACAAUGCCCACUGUUCAUCUCUUGGACUAUGUCGCCGGCAACAUCAGGAGCCUGGUAAAUGCCAUUGAGAAGUCUGGCUACGAAGUAGAAUGGGUCAGAUCGCCGGAGGACGUUCCAAAGGCAGAGAAACUCAUCCUCCCCGGUGUCGGCCACUUUGGUCAUUGUCUAUCCCAACUGUCCCAAGCUGGCUAUCUUGAGCCAGUUCGAAAGCACAUUGCUGAUGGAAAGCCAUUCUUCGCUGUAUGUGUCGGCUUACAAGCCCUAUUCGAGGGUUCUGUAGAGGACCCCGACGUCCCCGGCCUCGGAGUCGUUCCAGCUUCCUUGGACCGUUUCGAAGACUCAAGUAAAUCCGUCCCCCACAUCGGGUGGAACAAUGCUUUCACAGCUGGACGAGCCAUGUACGAUCUUCAACCAGACUCAAAGUACUACUAUGUUCACUCUUACAAAUGCCCCUACAAGCCGGGCGAGCUUGAGUCCCAGGGGUGGACUGUCGCUACUGGAACCUAUGGCACCGAGACUUUCGUAGGCGCCAUUGCGAAGGGAAACAUUUUUGCAACCCAAUUUCACCCCGAAAAGUCUGGUACUGCAGGUUUAAAAACCAUCAGGGCUUUCCUCACAGGUGAAGGCGCAAAGAAUCUUGGUACCGUGGUUGAUGAGGCUGUCGCCAAUGCCCCGAUCAAGUUCGAGGACAGCUUAACACGGCGAGUCAUAGCCUGCCUAGAUGUGAGGACAAAUGACCAGGGUGACUUGGUCGUUACAAAGGGUGAUCAGUACGAUGUUCGCGAGAAGGGUGAUGAUCGCAACGUGCGAAACCUCGGCAAGCCUGUCGAGAUGGCUAAGAAAUACUACGAAUCCGGCGCCGACGAAGUGACUUUCCUUAACAUCACUUCUUUCCGAGAUUGUCCUGUUGCCGAUCUCCCUAUGCUCGAGAUUCUUCGUCAAACGUCUCGCACCGUCUUUGUGCCCUUGACUAUCGGCGGUGGUAUUCGUGACACCAUGGAUACUGACGGCACAAAGGUGUCGGCGCUUGAGAUCGCUAGCAUGUAUUUCAAGUCUGGCGCUGACAAGGUCUCAAUCGGUUCCGAUGCCGUUCUUGCUGCUGAGGAGUACUACUCUAUAGGCCGCAAGCUCUUCGGCAAUACUGCCAUUGAGCAGAUCUCGCGCGCCUAUGGCAACCAAGCCGUCGUUGUGAGCGUUGAUCCCAAGCGUGUCUAUGUUCCCAAGCCUGAUGCCACCCGUCACAACAUCAUAAAGACACAGUUCCCUGGUCCUAAGGGCGAGGAAUACUGUUGGUACGCUUGCACAAUCAAGGGUGGUCGUGAGACUCGUGACAUGGAUGUUGUCGAGCUUGCCCAAGCCGUUGAAGCAAUGGGAGCCGGAGAGAUUCUUCUUAACUGCAUUGACAAGGACGGUACCAAUAGUGGGUUUGACCAUGAGCUCAUCAACCAGGUGAAGGGAGCUAUCAAGAUCCCCGUCAUUGCCUCAAGCGGUGCUGGUAACCCGGCUCAUUUCGAGGAAGUCUUUGAGAAGACUACUACGGACGCUGCUUUGGGUGCCGGUAUGUUCCACCGCGGCGAGUACACCGUUAAACAGGUCAAGGACUACUUGAAGGAAAAGGGUCUCAAAGUUAGACAAUUCGAGGAAUGAUUUUAGAACCAUCAAUGAUAGAACAAAACAACAAAUAAUAGACACUUUUUGACUUGCACACAAUGGCUUUAGUAUUAUCUCAACUACCUAGCAGGUUUGUACUACAUUGAAAGUCAUCACCGCGAAAGAUACAGAAUGACACAAACACCUUUAAGCUCCUACACCCUCAAAGUCCAAAGAAAAUGAGAGAUGCGCCAAAAGCCUUGGGGCCGUCGAACCUUUUCUGCGACUCAACGCCCGAUGCUACCAGAUCUCUCCAAGAAUAGCAGAGCAAAUCGCCGAGCAAGCCUCCAGACGAAAUUUUGGAAAACACCAACGAACGAAACAUGACACAGCGGAAACUAAGGAAAUAUACCCGCUCCCUAACUCCACAAAAGACAGGAAAGCGCUGAUGCCUAUAGCUCCAUACCCAUCAACAUCCACUUCUUGCUCGUGACAUCAAGACCAUGAGCCCAGUGGUCUAGAGUAACCAUGUCGAAGCCAACCCACUGUAGACUCUUUGUCAAAGAGUGGACGUCGUCCGCAAGGAUGCGUCUAUCUAUGCAAGUGACAAUAUGGGCACAGUCCAGAGGACCGUCGGCCAGUUCGAUAAGUGCCAUCAGACUACCAAGUAUUUAGCAUUUGGACAAAGAUUUGGAAACAGUGUUACUUACGCCUUUUUCAGGUCUCGGCCAAGUACGCCUUCGAUAUCAAAGAAAACAAAGAGAGAUUUCUCCUCUCCGUCAUCAGCAACAAAGGCACGGAAGCUCGCUCCGCCGGCAUAGUCCCACACCUCCAGCCAAGCGGUAAUAUUGUAGGCAGGUAGCUUGUCAUCAGAAACAGGCUUGAAGUGUUCGGGGAGCCGGUCAUCGGACGGCGGCGUUGGUAAAAAAGCACCAGACAGGCCGGAGCCAUUCAUGGACGAAUUCCUCUCACCGUGGAAAGUCGUCUUCAUGGACUCGCAAAAGAAUCUCUCACAUUCUUCCCUGAUCGAAAGUGCUGCCCCCCCUCGUCGACCCAGGCGCCGGCCUGGGAUCUCGCGCUUCUUGCUCUUGGGCAGAAGGGCGAGCUCGUUAGACGAGGUUAGUGCGGCGAGGGGGGGGCUUGUUGGAGGGGAGGGUAGUCCUGAGGAAGGGACCUCAGGAAUACCACUCGGCCCCUGUAGUAGAGUUAGUACUAUGAUAAGGACUUGGUGUUGAAAGGAGAGAACAUACCUGCAACCCCGGUAGUGCAGUAGUGGAGGCCCUUGAGGUUGGCAGCAGAGUCGACGAGGUAGCAAGAGGCAAGGACAUUGACCUUCUGGGCAGCGGCCUCGCCGUAAUUACUACUGUAAUUCAAAUUCUGAUUAUUCAUUGGCGCCAUUUCUGAUAAUGAUUCCGGGUUAUCGACUAGAGUUGAUAUAGUUCGGUAAGGGUCGAGGGUGUUGAUCGGCAGAAGUUGAUUGAUAGCGUGUGGUGAGAUGGCUCUUCAGACCAGUGGGUUAAAAAUCCUUUUAAAGAAUUUGUGUGUUGUUUGUUUCGAGGCGAAUGUGGAGGAGUAAGUUAUGGAGACGUGCGAAAAUGUUUGCGACGGUGUUUUGAGUAAUUCGUGGAGAAUGUCUUGGAUGCGUUGUGUGUUAGAUGUAAGCCUAAGAUCUCUGGUGUUUGGGCAGCGGUGAGGUUAAGUAAGAAGGAGGAGGUAG